AUGGAAUCGCAGACAAAGAUUGGAAAAUAUAACGUUAUUCGUACACUAGGUUCCGGAACUACAGCCAAAGUAAAGCUUGCCGAGGAUACAACAGACGGAAAGCUUGUUGCUAUUAAAAUUAUUAAAAAGUCAGCCUUUGAGGUUAAGCCAGAUUUGCAAAGAAAGAUUCGUAGAGAAGUUGCCUUGAUGAGGCUCCUAGAUCACCCUCACUUGCUCAAGCUGAUCGAAGUUCUCGAAUCACCUCACCAUAUGUAUAUAGUCUUGGAAUACGCCGAGCAUGGUGAGCUUUUCGACUACCUUGUUUCAAGAGGAAGGUUCUCUCCCGAGGUUGCCAUGAAAAUGUUUAGGCAGAUUAUCUAUGGUAUCGAUUAUCUUCACCAGCAUAUGAUCUGCCAUCGUGAUCUUAAACCAGAAAACAUUCUUCUUGACAAAUCCGAUCACAUUAAGAUCGCAGAUUUUGGAUUUGCCAGAUGGAUGCCAGAUAAAAUUGCAGAAACGUCAUGUGGCUCACCACACUAUGCGGCUCCCGAAGUUAUCCGUGGUCUUGCAUAUGAUGGUCGUAAAGCGGAUAUCUGGAGUUGCGGCGUUAUCUUAUAUGCUUUGCUUGCCGGCCGUCUUCCAUUUGAUGACCCAUCGAUUCGCAAUCUUCUCAGCAAAGUCAAAUCCGGACACUAUAUCAUGCCCGAAUUUCAGCCAUUCUGCAUUCGUACACUUAUUGCUAAGAUGUUAACCGUCGACGUCAACUCUCGCAUUACAAUGAAAGAGAUCAAAGAAUCAGAAGCAUUCCGCCUCUUCUGUCCUGAAACUUACGUUGUUCCAAUACCAUUACCUCUUCCGAAUACACAAGAUCCCAUCUCAGAAGCGGAAGUCGACAAGCAGUACUUCCCAGUUCUCAGGAAUAUCGGUUAUCCAUCCGAUGAAGCCAUCAUGCAAGAGCUUGUUUCACCAGGAGCCACAGAUGCGAAAAUGUUUUACUACUUACUUACAUCGCAGCUUGAUGUUAAGAGCCUUCCAUGGGAUGGAAUACCAUCAGAACCAUUACCAGACGAGGAACGCUUCAUGAUGACUCCUCGUAUGAUGGCUCCAGUCGGAUCUCUUCAUACAAACGACGCUUUCUUCAGAAGACCAAAAGUUCCUUCACCAGGAUCACCAGAUUUCUACUCAUUCGUUGAUAAAUCAUGGGCAAAUGUCGAUGUUGGUGUUAUUACAAACACAGUUAUUGAAUUCGAACCAGUAAGUACUGAUCCAGAAGUCCUCAUGGCUGCUAUACAGGCAAAGCUUGUUGAUUUGAAUUGCAUGUUCUUAUUCCCUAACGAUAACAAUCUCAUCGUUAAUUGCCAACACGACGAUUUGUAUAUCAUGAUUACAAUGAUCUUCAGAGAAGUUGGCUGGGCAACAAUUGCACUCGAAAUGCAGUCUGGAGAUCAGGAUGCUUUUCAAGCAUUCGCUGAAGAAAUCAAAGAAGUUGUUCAUUCAUUUAAUUAA